AUGCACUCCAUCGUCAAACCCAUCUCCUUCCUGCUCAUCGCAUCAGCAGUCCUUGUUAACGCUCAAGAUGCGGUAGUCGGCCAAAAUUUAGCAGCCAGCAGUGACAGCGGAUCAUGCGCGUCACAAUCGAUCGUCGAUACAUGCGUCAACGUCAUGAGAGGCACACUCGAAAAGUGCACCGACAACGACUGGGACUGCAAGUGCUCAGGGAGUGCCAAUAUUGCCAAUUGCUACGAGGACUGUCCCGAUGACCCGGCACGCUUUUCAGCCAUGUUAGUGAGCGAACAGGACUGUGCGACUGCGAAUGCUUACGACAAGGGUGAAUCAUCCGUUGCGGCGACAUGGACUACCCCCGGCCCCAAUACUGUGACGGCAACUCCUACAGAUACCGCGAUUAGCACCACUACCAGUACUGCUGAGCCCACAGAUUCAUUGCAGGCAGAAAAGGAUGCCAGUCCCUCUAAGGGAGCUGCGCCCAUACAGUCUGCUGGUAGUUGGUUGGCGUUGUUGGGACUGGGAGUUGGGAUCAUGAUAUAA